AUCGCACGCUUCGUCGGGGCAUUCUCGGGGCUGCCAGUGAGCGACGCGCGAACCCCGGCGCACUCCGACACCUAUCAUGCAGCGACUACUCGGCAUUUCGAUCAACAUGCUGCGAGGCAAUGGUACCGACGCGCAACCUCACGGAGAAGGGUCAGCUGUCUCGAUAGACGACGACGACAUGGGGGUCGAUUCGACGAACCAAGUCGAUGGAACUCCACCUAUUCAGGAAUCCACGGAAGAACAGACACGUGAACGCAGACCGUCGAUUCGACCCACGGCGCUUCCUCCGCCCCUGGAAAAGACACCAGUUGACCCAGCCAAUCCCCAGGCCAACUUAAAGGCCCGCAUCAUGCAAAUCCAAACGAACAAGUCGCUGACACCCAAGGAAAAGGCCGACGGGAUGCAAAAAGUCAUGAUGGAGCAGUGGACGGAAGCGCAGGAACGGUUGACACCAAAGCAGACCGAGCGCAAGCCGGACACACCGAUCGCAGACUCGGGUCGCACCAUCGUGACGUACCACAACGAGGAAAAAGGCAUCAAGGGGUGCUCCCAUUACCAGCGAAAGUGCAAGCUCUUUGGCAAGUGCUGCAACAAGUUUUACACGUGCCGGUUCUGCCAUGAUGAGCAGGAGAAGCACUCGUUCGACCGAUACGCGACGGAGAAGAUCAGCUGCAUGGAGUGCCACACAAUUCAGCCCGUGGGCCACAAGUGCAUCAACGACACAUGCGGCGUCGAGUUUGCGCGCUACUUUUGCGGCGAGUGCAAGUUUUACGACGACGACGACACCAAGGACAUUUACCAUUGCGACAAGUGCCGCAUUUGUCGAAUUGGCAAGGGCCUCGGCGUCGACUACUUUCACUGCGACAAGUGCAACGCGUGCAUGAGCAUCACGCUCAAGAAGCACAAGUGCGUCGAGCGGUCGCUCGAAUCCGACUGCCCCAUCUGCCACGUGUACAUGUUCACCUCCACGACCCCCGUCAUGUUUCUUCCUUGCGGGCACUGCAUGCAUGUUGCGUGCUAUGAAGAUUACACGCAGACAAACUACAUUUGUCCGCUGUGUUCAAAGUCACUGGGCGAUAUGCGCGCGUAUUUUGCACGGAUCGACGACCUGCUCGCGCACGAGCAAAUGCCGGCCGAAUACCAAGACUACCGGUCGCAGAUCUACUGCAGCGACUGCGAACGCAAGUCCGAGACCAAGUUUCACUUUGUGUACCACAAGUGCCAGCACGACGAUUGCAAGUCGUACAACACGAAAGUCGUCAAGCAUUUCAAACAAGAAGUCGCGUCGGCACCACUGCCCCCGCCAGCGCCUUCGGAUCGCAACGGAUCCGGUCGGGUACAACCGAGGACGACGGAUGCGCGACGCAGCUCAUCUUCUUCCAUCACACGAAGAAGUUCGACGCCGUCGCGCCCCGGCUCGAGCAACCGCGGCACAUAGUCGUUUCGUCGUUAGCGCCAAAUCCCAUCUUUUUCCUUGAGCUGC